AUGAAUUCAUCGAUAUUAUCUAAUUAUGAUAUUUGUAAAUCAUCAUCACAACACAAUAGAAUAAAUAACUCUUUUGAACAAAUGUCUAAUAAACGUUUAGAUGGAACAAUAUCAAUAUUAAAUAAAUAUGAUCCAAAUAAGAUCAAUCAAACCUUAUCUAAUAUUUUAUUUGUAACUACAGAUAACUUGAAACAAAUAGAUAAUUCAAUUCAGUCUCAACAUUCUACUGAUAUCAACUUAACAAAUAAUAAAGAUAUUUUAUUUAGCAAAAAUAAUCUUUCUAAUAACAAUUUAAAAACUAAUAAACAAAUUUUUAUCGAUCUUCAGCAAAGUAUUCAUACUGUUCCAUCAACUCCAUCAUGUACAUGCUCAAUUGAUGAAAAUUCUAAUCCAUCCAAGAAUGAUUUAUCAGAAUUUAAUAAAAUUUAA